CAGGCCAGUCCCGGCAUCCUCCGCGGCGGACCGCGGCGGAGCGCACAGAGGAUUCUCUCCCGUGAGCGGCCGCGGUUCAGUUCCGCUGCUGUCCAGACCCGGCUCGGCCACGGUGCCGCCUCUAGCCGUCCUCCUACCGCUCGCCCGUCCACCCGAGCGCCCCCUGCCCUCCUGCGAGGGCGCCCCGGGACGGAAGGAACCACCAGCCUGUCGGCGCCCGCCGUUCUCGUGGUCGCCGUCGCCGUCGUCGUCGUGGUCGUCUCCGCCGUGGCCUGGGCCAUGGCCAAUUACAUCCACGUCCCGUCCGGCUCGCCCGAGGUGCCCAAACUGAACGUCACGGUUCCGGAUCAGGAGGAGCAGCGCUGCCGGGAGGGGGCCCUGAGCCUUCUGCGACACCUGCGGCCGCACUGGGACCCCCAGGAGGUGACCCUGCAGCUCUUCACAGAUGGAAUCACUAAUAAACUUAUUGGCUGUUAUGUGGGUAAUACCAUGGAAGACGUUGUCCUGGUGAGAAUUUAUGGCAAUAAGACUGAGUUGUUAGUCGAUCGAGAUGAAGAGGUGAAGAGUUUUAGAGUGUUGCAAGCUCACGGCUGUGCACCGCAACUCUACUGUACCUUCAAUAAUGGACUGUGCUAUGAGUUCAUACAGGGAGAGGCACUGGAUCCAAAGCAUGUCUGCAACCCAGCUAUUUUCAGGCUAAUAGCUCGUCACCUUGCUAAAAUCCAUGCUAUCCAUGCACACAAUGGCUGGAUCCCCAAAUCUAAUCUGUGGCUAAAGAUGGGAAAAUAUUUCUCUCUCAUUCCCACAAGAUUUGCAGAUGAAGACAUUAAUAAAAGGUUCCUAAGUGAUAUCCCAAGCUCUCAGAUUCUUCAGGAAGAGAUGACUUGGAUGAAGGAGAUUCUUUCCAACCUGGGCUCACCUGUUGUGCUUUGCCAUAAUGACCUAUUGUGUAAGAAUAUAAUCUACAAUGAGAAACAAGGUGAUGUACAGUUCAUUGAUUAUGAAUAUUCUGGAUACAACUACCUGGCAUAUGAUAUUGGAAAUCAUUUCAAUGAAUUUGCAGGUGUAAGUGAUGUGGACUACAGUCUUUAUCCAGAUAGAGAACUACAGAGCCAGUGGCUGCGUUCUUACCUUGAAGCCUACAAAGAAUAUAAGGGUUUUAGGACCGAAGUUACUGAAAAGGAGGUAGAAAUACUCUUCAUCCAAGUCAAUCAGUUUGCAUUGGCUUCUCAUUUCUUUUGGGGAUUAUGGGCUUUGAUUCAAGCCAAAUACUCCACUAUUGAGUUUGAUUUCCUUGGGUAUGCUAUUGUUCGUUUUAACCAGUACUUUAAAAUGAAGCCUGAGGUUACUGCAUUAAAAGUGCCUGAGUAAAGAAGAGAUUUAAUUAAUUCUCAAGUAGCUGAGCAGUGGUUGUGAAUGUUUUUCAUAAGAAAUUCCAAAAAGCCAGUACCUUAAAAUUCUUGUUACUUAAUUUGGUUAUUUUGCUUUACAAAUUAUGCCUUUAAACAACCAAUCUUAUGUUUUAAAUAAACUGAAUGAUGUCAAGAAAUAACACCUAUUGCUGUCAAAAUGUGGUGGAUUAGAGUUUGUUAGAUCUGCAAAAGAUAUAAAGAUGUCAGGUUAAGGCUUUUUUUCAUAAUUUAUGUGAUGUGGGUUAUUUAUUAUAAAUUUAACAUGAUUCUGUGACUGCUUUCAUCACUUGCCUCUGUUAAGUGUAUACAAUGUGAGAGCAUUCUAGAGAAAUGUUUUUAAAGUUUUAUGUUAAGAAGAUUGAUUUUAGGAAACCCUUCUGGUUGUUCAGUGUAACCUUUUUAUUUGAUUCACCAUAAAUGAAAUGCAUCGUUUGCUUUUGAAAUGCCAGUCACUGACUGGUAUAGAUAACUUAGGAUGGUCAUAUGAACUUAGGAUGGUCGUAUUCAGGAGGGAGAAAUGCAUUCACUGUCUUUGUUGGUGAUACAUCUUUUUAAAUUGAAUAUUAGAAGGCCUUUCUUUUGGGGGGAAUACAGUUUAGAAUUAAAUUCAUGUCUAUGUAGUCUGGCAAUAUAAACAUAUUUACCAUAUAAUCUUGGAAUAAGUAUAAUGAUUGUUAUCAAAAUCUGUAUUGAGAAAUGUGUGCAAAUGCUAAAUGUGGUCAUUUAAGUUACUAGUUUGUUUUACCUUAUCAAAUUGUUUCUAACCAAAAUUUUCAUUUUACUUGAUAUGCUUUCUUUGUAUUAAAUAAUAGCUUGUACUCCUAAUUUUUAAACAAAUACACAAAAUUUAUCAUACUUGAAAACAAGAAAAUAUUGUUCAGAUUAAGUUUUUUAAAAAUCUGUUCAGAUUCAUUCUUGACAUUCUGGUUUCAAGUUUUAGUUUUUUGUUGUGUCUUUAGUGUGGUAGUGAUGACUUGAUACAUGUAAUUUCAGAGUAAUAUGUUGAGGCAGUUAAAAGAAUCAAAAAGGAUCAUUUAGAGGGCCGGGGAUUUAGCUCAGUGGUUUUUCCGCCUGCUUUGCAAGCACAAGGUCCUGAGUUCGAUCCCCGGUACCAAACAAAACAAAACAAAACAAAAAAAAGGAACAUUUAGAAUAGUGGUCUUAUACACUUAAAAUCUGAAAAAAUAACAAAAUGUGAAUUAAGUAGAAAUACUCAUGAUAGGAGGGCUCCUUUUGCUUUGAUUUAUUGUGUUUUUGUUUAUAUAUUUUGUUUUGUAUAGAGUAAGAGGGAAGCAGUUGUAUGGAAGAAAGUUAGUGCUUUGGAUAGUUAAGAAGGCUUCAAGUUUCAAGACUUCCAGAGACUGCUCUGUGAAGUUGAGCAGUCACAGUUAACUUUGCUUAGAAAAUUAGCCCGACAAGGUUUGCACUUUGGUCACAUAAGUGCUCAUGUACAAAGUUAGCUUAAUGGAUCUGCAUAUUUCAAGUAUGCAACUACAAAUUUAUCCUCUGAGAAAUCUUCUGGGGAGUCUGAUGUAUUAUUCCAAAUGACUUAUAUUCUCAGACAAGUGCAUUAAAAUCUGUGGAUUAUCUCAAGCUGUUUAAAGGUAAUUAAGUAGAAACACUUAAAGGACAUUUUAAAUGGUAAAUUCUAGUUACAUAAGUAGGACCUUACUAUGUUUGUAUGUAUAACAGUGUUAGACCAAGAUUUGGUUUCUACCUCCCCAAUGUUAUAAAUGUUCACUUUUGUUUUUAUAAACCAUAUUACUGUAAAAUUAAUGCAAUUUCGCCUAACUGACUAAAUGAAUGGAACCAAUUAAAUAAAAAUUAAUAGCUUUUUAUAAUGUUAAAGUGAACUUUAGAAAUUGUUUUUGGUGAAAUUUUCGUCCAUGUUUAGAACAUUACCAUGGAAUGAUAAAGAAUAUAUAAUACUUUUGAUUUUUUGCUUUCUGUCUUUUAAAAUGCAAGAGUAUAUAUCUUGUCAAACUAUGGGAGGAGAGAACAUCAUUUUUCUACCUUACUCAGUAUUCUUACUUCCAUGGGUUUUGACUGGAGAUUUCCUUGAGCCAUUGCAGGUAGACUGUGCAUAGCUUCUGGUGACACCACUCUUUUAACAGUUUCAGAGAGAUACAUUUAGAAGUGAAUGUAACCAGGAAUGGAGGCUGUCCGUUGGCUAGCCCUGAAAGUAUGCAAUGGAUCUUGGGAAUAAAUUGAGAUAUGUAAAAUAGUGCCCCCACUCUUUGACUGGAUUUGGGGUGUUGUGAUGCUCCUACUUCCUGUACAGGUUUAUGGGAUCAUGGUACAGACUUAGCAGUAGGGUUCAAAAUCACUUCCCUUUAUAUCGACCACUUAAAGGAUUCUAAAGGAGGGUAAAUCUCAACAACAACCCGAAUUCAUCCUUCUGAAAUUUGCCCUGUGGCUUGCUGAGAUAUCAGUUGCCUUUUUAUUAAAGCUAAGGAACUUGAAUGCCUUACCUAAUCACUCAACUGGUAGUAAGCUUAUUUUGUAAAUAGGAAAAUGGUUGUUAGAUGUGGCAUUCAUGAUUGUUCAGUGUUAGUCAAUAGACCAUAGUGGCCUGUAUGCUUUAACAAGCAAAAUUCCACAUCCCCUCUCUCCACCCUUUCCCCUUACAUACAUUUAUAAUUUUAUCUGACAAGUAAUAUUUGAUUAUUUUUCUCUCCUAACCCCAUGCUACCACCAUUUUCUGGAAGUCAAAGAGAUGUGGUAGUAAAUCAUACUGUUCACAUGAUCAUCUGAGAUCAAUAUGAGCACAAAACUCAUCAACUAGGUCUGCCUGGAAUGUACAUAAAACAGUGUAAAUAAAAAUUUGUAAAUUAUUGUGAAUUGUAUCUUGCAUAUGAGACUGUGUGUUGUUUUGCAUUCUCUUCCCUUUUGUAGAAAUUUUUCUGUCAGGAAAUGAUCCACCUUGUUGGUUUAAGACUGGAAAUAGCCAACAGUUCUGGCUGCACAGUGAGAUAACAGGAACUGGAAAUAGGGUUUAUCAGCUUUGGUCAGUGUCAGUACUUAUAUUUAUUUAGCCUCUCAGUGCCUAAUAAGACUUUUCCAUUUGUUAGUUCCUAUUAAUUUUUAUGAGGUCAGAAUUCUGGAAGCAGUGAAUUUAUAUACUGUUAUUAAUACACAUCUAUUCUUUAAGUCACAAUUCUAAGCUAGGAGAAACUAAAUAUGAUUUAAUGAUUGCAAAAUGAAGUAUUAUCUUUUCCCAUGUUAGGGUUAUUAACGUUUUCUACAAAAAACUUUGGAGUUGAGUGCGAAUCUAAAUCCCAUAUACAUAUAAGAGAUAUGACAAAUAAUAGCACUUCAAUUUAAGCAUAUCUCAGACAACUUCUGAAGUUUUUCAUUAUAUGUUUGUAAAAGACAGGACAUAGGUAAUCUUUUAAUGACAACUAUUUCUAUUUUUUGCUUAAAAUAUUUUAAUUUCAUUAAUGUGUAUUAAUCCAGACUUCAGGAAACCCCCCCCAACACUCUCAAUUAAAAGCUUAAUCCUCCACAUAUAAAAUUAAUCAUGUAUUUCUUUUUUACAGUACACAGUAGCCUUAUGUACUACCAUUUUAUGAGUUCAUUAUUUCAUAAUACAAUGAAAGUAUUUGUCAGUUUGAUUUUCCGCUUUAAGCAUCUUUAAAGCAUUUUAUAACUAUUCAAAAAAGUAAUACAGACUUAAGCUUUUAAUAUUAAUUAUUCAGUUGAUAGACAAAGUUAACCAUGCUUUGUGGUAGGAGAGUUUUGUUAUUGGCAGCAUCUUGCACAAAUUUAUACAGAAAGCAAAUGCUAGUAAUUAUUAUGCACAAAGGAAAAAGAAUUACAAGUAUGUGGUAAAGUAGCUUUAUCUUUAUUUUGGAAUUGAUUUGAUCUGUUUUUUCUUUGGUUUAUUAUAUUUCAGAAUGCCCUUUUACUGGGAAGUUUAAUUAUAUGUAAGGCAUUCUUUUGUUUUUGAUUCUUUUUUAAAAAGCAAACAUUUGUUAUAUUGAGCCACCUUUUUUUCUACUACAUAUAUCACUUCUGUGAUUACAGUGUUAAGUCUUGGGUUUGAUGUCUUUAAACAGAAAAAUAUAUUAUUUAAAUGAUUUCCCCCCCAUCUUUGGAAAUCAGACAGUAAAUGUUGCAAUAAAAGAAAAUAGUUGAGGUUUAUAUUUAAAUAUUAGAAAACAAAUUAAUAAGAUAUGUUGAAGAGUUAAAAAUUUUUGAGCAGUUUUUACACUAAAAAUUUUUCAUUUCUGGAUCACAAUUUGUUAUGGAAAGAAUCUGAACUAUUUGCAUGAGAAAAAUAAUGAUGUAUAAUAUAAGCACUAUAAAUUUUUAUGUUUGAGGCAUCUCAGACUCAAGCUUUUAGUACCCUUUUCUCCUGAAAUUUUCUUUCUUGCCUUUUUGGUGCUUUAUGUACUUAGUAUACUACUGACAUGAAACAACAGGGUUAAAAUACCAUUGUAUCUUUAUUCACUAUGAAUCCUAUAGCUUUUCUAAUUAUGAAAAAAAUACUCUAAAAUACUGCUCUAUCAUUUUUUUUGUUAACAUUUUACCCACUAAGGGUGUUUGGAAUUAAUCAUUUUAAUAAAAUUCAAGAUGUGUAUAAAAAUUGAGAACAUUGUAUACUUAUAUUUCAACUAGCCAGUGAAGAGUGAGAAAUAACCUAGCUGAUUGGAAUUGUAGGCUGUUAGUUAAAUUUUAAAACUUUUAAUAAACUUUCAGAGAUAGAUUAACCCAAUUGUAUCCAUGUAAACUAGCUCCUGUGACUUGGAAAAGAACCCCCCAAAAGCAGUGGAGGAGAUGAGAGUGUUUGCUUGCUAUAGUUUUAGUUGUGGUGUGCUACUACUUAAAUAUAGGUAGUGACAUACUGAAGUUUUUAUUGUUCAAUAAUAGGAGGUAGUUUUCUGUAUGUAUCUACUAAAGUAAUUAUAAAUGAAUGGAAUUGGGAAAGAAGAAACUUUUUGACUAUACUGUAUUUAGGAUCCUUUGUACAGCUAGGUGAAGUUUCCAUGAUAUGAAGUAUUUGAAUUUUAACAUAUACUGUCAUUCUAAGGAAGAAGAGAUGAUAUCCCAUGUGCAAGGGGAAAAAAAAAGAGUAAUUGUCAUUGCAUUAAGCUGUAUGUUGAACUGGGAAAUUGUGGCAUAAAGCUUAAAUUUGUGUUCAUCAAAUGUGAACUAUAGUAGUAUAAUGCUGCUUUGUAUAUACUGUAAGUGCUACAAAUAGUCUCAGCACUGAACAUGUAUUGAUACCUCUCAAAUGAAUGCAACCUUUGAUGUGGGUGUUUUGAUAUGCCUCAGAAAGUAUCUGAGUGAGAAUUUGUUUGGUAAUGGAGAUACUUCCUGUUUUUUGUUGCAUAUUUUCACGUUUAAAAAUUAAUUUUUACAUUUUUACUGCUAUUAAUUUAAGUAAAAUUAGUUCUAUGGAUAAAAAGGCAUUGCCUGUGAAGAAAAUUUAAAAACAGCCUCAUUCAUGUAACUGCUUAAGUAAAAAUACAUUUUUGUUAUAUGUUCAUGAACUUUAAACAAAGCUGUGUUUUUCUGUUUAAACAUAAGUAAUGUUUAGGCUUUAUUUCUCAUUAAUAAAGCUUUUUACCAUUGAUUAAAUGAAGGAAUGUAUCUUUCUGAAGAGAUUUAUAUUCUGUAAAUAAAAAUUGGUUGUAACAAUAAAGUUGGGUUCUAACUACA